AUGUCAUCUCUUCGAUCAUAUAAAUUUGGCAACGAAUUAUUAGAAAAAGCUCGAGAUAUGGUAUUUGGAUCCACCAUUGUCUUUAACUUCUACACAAACCGGUCGAUGGAGUAUCCAAUGAAGUCAUCCGUUGCACAGAUCGCAGCAAUGAUUGCUACACACAUUGGAUCAUUGAUUACUGAUGAUGAAAUCACAUAUGAUGAUGCUCGCGGAUCAGAUUAUUUGACAGCAACAAAUAACAAUGAUCUUGCAACCGAACAAAUGAGCUCAGCAUUAUUAGUCUGUUUAGAAUACAUUCUCAAACAAGAUGAAAGCCAGAAAGCAUGGAUUAUCUCAUUAAUGGUUUGUAUUCCUGUCGCUAUCAUCAUUACAUGGAUUGUCACAUUUAAUUUGCAGUACAAGAAAUUGAAAUCAAACAAAACAGAGAUCAUGAAUGUCAUUGUUACACUUCCAAAAACAGUUAUAUCAACUGUUUCUGCAUCAUUCAAUCAUCUCAAAAAGAAUUCAGCAUCAACAACAGAAACGAACCAAACAAAUGAUGAUGCUAAUUUAGAAGAUAUGUCAAGACAAGAACAAAACAUUAUUAAAGUUUUUUCACAAAUUACGGAUGGCUCAUCUUCUACAACAAGUCAAUCAUGGAAUAUGCUUUUCUUUGUUGGAAUUGUUAUUUUAGGCUGUGUUGGUUCCUGUGUAAUUUUGUAUUGUUAUUUCCAAGCAUCUAAAACAUUAGUUUUCUCAAGCCAACACAUUGAUAAUAUGUUUGGAUGCAGUGGAUAUUUGUAUUCAGUUUUCAGUCAUUUGUUUAAAGUAUCUCUUCAAGAAUACGAUGCAGCAUUUCAUGAUACAACAGUUGAUCUCGCUAACGAAAUUGUCAUGAUGAAAAUGAGUAUUCCCAAGUUUAUUGAUUACUUCCAUAAACUUCGAUUGGGCGGAACAGGAGAAAAUCAGUUACCAUUCACAGGAAUGACUAAUGCUCUCAAGAAAGCAUCAUCAAUUAUUACAUGUCCAGAUAAAUUGGAUCCACCUACAACUAUCCCUGAAAGUGCACAUUGUUUCACUGCUGCAGUUCAGUUGUAUUUGACAUCCGGAUAUCUUUUGAGAUAUUUAGCAUUCAUUUCCAUGGAAAAUAUUUCUGA